AUGGCGGGGGAGCACAGGGGGUUCUGGAGCUCCCUGUUCAGCCCUCCGCCCCGGGACCGCUUCUCCCUCGAGGAGCUGAGCCACCUGCACUCCGUCCUGCUGCGGAACGCCGUGGUGAACGAUGGCAACCGCGACACGGUGGUGGAGACCCUGCGGUCCAUCUCCGAGCUGGUCAUAUGGGGUGACCAGAACGACCCCUCCAUGGUGGACUACUUCCUGACCAACAACGUGCUGGCCCACUUUGCCCAAAUCCUGCAGCAGCGCGCCAACCGCCGCGGCGGCGUGGCCCAGCAGGUGCUGCAGACGCUGUCCAUCCUGCUGCAGAACGUGCGCACGCAGCAGACGGUGUACUACCUGUUCAGCAACAACCACAUCAACGACAUCGUGGGCAUGGCCUUUGACUUCGAGGACGACGAGGUGCUGGGGUACUACAUCAACCUGCUGAAGACCAUCAGCCUGCGACUGAACGAGGCCACUGUCCAGUUCUUCUUCCAGGCGGGGGGCCCCGGGACGCCCGCCUCCCUCCCCCUCUACAGCGAGGCGGUGAAGUUCAUCAACCACCGCGACGGUAUGGUCCGCGCCGCGGUCAAAACCCUGACCCUGAACGUGUACGCCAUCCCCCUCCCCGCCCUGCAUGCCUACCUCACCGCCCCGCCCGCGGCCGGCUACCUGGACAGCCUGGCCACCUACCUGGCGGAGCACGCCCUGCUCCUCGACCGCCUCUGGUCGGUGCUGGUGGGGCCGGUGCUCUUCUGGCCCCUCAUCCAGGACGACGUGGCGGUCGCGCACAUCGCUACCCUGGCGCACCAGGCGGACCAAGAUCAGCAGGGGCAGGGGACGGGCGGGGUGGGUGGAGCGCAUGCGCGUCCCGCGCCGCCCGCGCCGCUGCAGAGGGGCGUGGUCGGACCCCUGGCCUCCCUUUACGUCCUCGAGCGCCUGCUCUUCGCGGUGCUGGACACCCCCUUCCUGUCGGCGCUGCAGCAGCCGCUGCCGGCCCACCUGCGGGCGCUGCUGCAGUAUGAGCCCGCGGCGUACCGUGGUGCCCUGCUGGGCAUGCUGCACGGCGGCGAGCCACAGCUCGCGGCGGCCGCGGCGCGCCUGCUGGCCGCCCUGCUCCGCUCCCGCACCCUGGACGAGGGCCUGCUAGAGGGCAUUGGCCUGCUGCCGCGGCGCCGAAAACGGCAGCUGGAGCUGCUGACGGCGCUGACGCGCGACUCGUCAACGACCGGCUUGGACCGGGUCGCCAGCAGCAGCGGCGGGCCACCCGCCCGGCAGCAGUCCGGCAGCGCCCCAGCCAGCCGCCAGGCGUCCCUCGAGUCGGCGCAGUCCGCCGCAGCCGGCUCGGGCGCGGGCCAUGCGCAGAGGAUGGCCCGCCCGUCGGCCUCCCCCCUGCCCCUCCCGCCUCUCACGGACUCGGCAAAGGGGGAUGCGGCGCAGGCCGAGGUUGUGGAAGCGCUGCUGAGUCAGCUGGGCCAUGCCAGCACGCCGCCACUGGCCCUGGCUACGCUUUCCUGGCUCCUGCCCCAGCUCCUCUCCGACAGCGACUCAGGCGCGGCGCUGACGCCGCACCAGCAGGACCUGCUGGAUGCUGCGCUGCGCACGGCGCGCGUGGCGCUGCACGCCGCGGCGCACGGCCCCUGGGGCGACGCGCUGGCUGAGCUGGUGGCGGCCGAGUGGCCGCGCGCACGGGCGGCCUGCCUGCGCACCGGCUCCGGCAGCCUGCACACCGCGGCGGCGGGCGGCGGAGCGAGGGGCGGCGUGCGUGAGGGCGUGGUCCUGCGCAGCCCGGCCGAGGACGCCGCGCAGCCCAGCUUCCCCUGCACCGUGGCCUUCAGCCGCGGGAGGGAGCGCCACGUCAGCCUGCGCAUCGAGCCCUGGAGCCCGUUGCUGGCCGGGGAGGGCGCACGUGAUGGCCACCCGGCGCCGACGACAGGGGGGCCCACAGAACCUAGUCAAAACCUCACCUCCAGCCCACCGCCCGUCGACCCGCCCACCACCGUCGUGCUGGCCGAGCUGGUGGACGGGUCCUGGGCGGCGGCGGCGGCAGCGCUGGACCUGGUGCGGCGCUCGGCGCGGGGGCUGGGGGACGUGCAGGCGGGGAGGAUGCGGCCCCUGCUGCUCCAGGCUGAGAGAGUGCCCUGA